GCCUACACUGCAAGGUACCCACGGUGUUCCCAGCCGGGACCUCUGUGCACCGGCGCAGCCUGAACUCAGCUCUGGCCCCGCGCCCAGCGCGCGCCGUCCUGGCGUCUGCCCGCAGGCUCCGAACCAGAGAGCCGGGCACUCGGCCCCUUCUCCAGACAGAGCGCGUUUCCCGGACACCCGUGCCGACUAUGACUGCCGCCUCUCGAACUCUCGUGUGUGAAGCCCAGGUUUCACUGCCCCAGGAUGAACUGGACGGCUGCGACCUGCUGGGCCCUGCUACUGGCCGCGGCGUUCCUGUGUGACAGCGGCGCGGCCAAGGGCGGCCGGGGCGGAGCACGGGGCAGCGCCCGGGGAGGGCUCCGCGGGAGCGCGCGCGGGGCCUCGAGGGUGCGCGUGCGGCCAGCGCCCCGCUACGGCUCCUCCCUGCGCGUGGCGGCGGCGGGGGCGGCGGCUGGGGCUGCAGCUGGAGCGGCCGCCGGUUUGGCCACGGGGCCCGGCUGGAGGCGCGUGGUGGGACCCGGGGACCACAGUCACGAUGAUGAGAACGCAGCGCCCGAUGGCAAUGGAACCGGCGUCUACAGCUACUGGACCUGGACUUCUGGCACUGGGCCCUCCCACGACUCGCACCUCUGCCUGCUGCUUGGGGGGACCCUUGCCCUGAGGCUGCAGGGGCCCUAGGUUCAGAUCCACCCUAUCCCACGCAUCCCACAGGCCCUUCGGCCCACCACAGAGGCCCAGGGCGCUGAGCACCUAACCCCUCCAUUCCCCACAGCCUUAAGAAUCCAGAGGACUGGUUGCCCACCCUCUUGCCCAAGACCAUCCCAAACCACCCCUUGCACCCACCCUGGGCCAAUGGCCUCCCAGAUCCAAGAUGUUAGGGCCCAGCAAGUGACUGAGGCUCUGCCCUGAGCCCAGAUUCCCAGAAGCCCCUGCCCCCUGGACCACCCUGAGCAGAGAUGGUGGACUAUGCACCAGCCACUGGGCAAAGGCUACCUCCCACCAGGGUGGUGGUUCCUGAGGCCUGGGGCCCAGCAGGAGCUCAGGAGGAAGUGAGACAGGGAGAGGGCUCCUGGGAGUGGACCCGUCAGAGGCUGCCCAAGUGGAACUCAGGACUGGUAAGAGGGAACCCACCCAGGUAAGCCAGUCUGCCCCCUGUUCUGGCCUCCCCAGCCAAGCCUGCCCUCUGUCAGGCAUGGUUGGGCCCCAGGAGCACCUUCUCUAAGGUCACUUCCCCUGGGUAAACUCACCUAUGCUUGGGCAGCCACUGCCAACCCAAAGAGCCUCCCUGGGCACAGUGCAGGCCUGAGGCUCCGAAGUUUCCAGUGCAGCCCCUUCCUGAGGGCCAAGGACCAGCCACUGGACAAAUGGACCAGCCACAGUCACCUGCAGGCCCACGGCAGCACGUGUACCUGAGUGGCACAGGCUGAGCUCCCUCCACUGCCAGCAGACGCUGACCAUUCAGAGAUGCACUGAGCCAGGCCCAAUGCCCCGCACA